GACCGGAUUUCAUCGAUUUAAAUUUUUCUUUAGCUGAAGCAAUUAGUUAUCGGUGAAAAACAGUUUAUUCUAGGGGACAAACAGUUUUAUUUUCGCGAAGCAAUUAUUAUAUAAUAUAACUCGGUACAUACAUUUCCAGAUUAUUUACAAGAAUUUGAAAUGACUACGGCCGCAUUUAAAAGUCCCCGCAUUCUAGCAGUUUCUGAUUUGUUUACAUCUGAUCUCAAACGUGGGUUAAGCUGUUUUGGUCGCAAAGAUUUCACUAAAAGGACACGUAAUUUGUUGAAGCCGGUGGAAGCAUCAAUGGAAAUAAAGAUGUGGGGCUCAUAUUUGCUCUCAAUAUUAUUUCUACACAUAACGAUAUUCCUUCCAAUAUUGUGCGACGGAGGAAACGGCACAUUUAUUCCCACAAAUGAAUGGCAGACAGUCGAAGAAGGACAAGCAAUCCCGCCCGGGUUGCAUGUACGAAUAAAUCUACAAACUGGACGAAAGGAGGCGAAACUUAUGGAAAAGUCGUCCAGCAAUGAUCUGGCCAAACUACCAGAAGACAGCCAGCCGGCAGACGACUCCCAGCCACGAGAUUACCUAGAUGAAGUCCACAAAAGGUUGCAAGAAGCUCUCAAAAACAUUCCUGCUGAAAAAGCCGAUUACUCUGAUCAGAAUUGGAAAGACAUUCGAGACAAAUAUCGGAGCUACAAGGAUUUGAAAAAGGAAUUCAAAAGCGUUAAUAUGGAAAUCAAAACGGACACAGAAAUAAUCACCGGCCUCAUGGACGAAUACAAAAACGCCACACAAGACACUGGUCGGUUCCUCCGCAUCCUCGACGACUUAGACUAUUUGGUGCAUCAAAUCGACAACGCGCUUUGGUUCAUCGACCGCGGCGGGCUUGACACCAUCGUCGUGCCAGCCAUCGUGAAUGGGACCGACAUAAACGUGAGAGUCAAAUCGCUGCAAUUGCUAGGAGCAUUAAUUCACAACAAUCCUAAAGGCCAGAUAAAAGCCCUUGAGAAAAACUGCGGCAAUUACCUUUCCCAUGUCCUUCUGUCAUCCACAAACAACAACGAAAUUUCGGCCGCUGUCUAUGCUUUCGGGAGUUUAUUACGAAAGUUUCCUUUCGCUCAGAAGGAAAACCUACCAAAAACCGGUACAAAGGCACUAGUCGGAAUCCUUAGCAAAGAGGGGGUAGAAGUACGGACCAAAGUGAAGGUACUGACUCUUCUCAGCGACCUUAUGAUCGAACAGCAGGAAACCCUCAAAACCGUGAAUGCAGCUCAAGAUGAUGAGGCCAGUCGUAAGAAACUAGACCAAUACAGAAAUUUGUUGCUCGACUUCUGGUUGCACGACGAACAAUACUGUCAUGAAGUGAGCAGUUUUCUUAUCGCGAACCAUGCGGACUUCGGCAAAGAGGCCGACGUUCUUGAGCACUUGCUUCAGGAUUUGAACACGUCAUUGAACUUGUGCUACGAUGUCUGGUCACAAAGUCAGGAAUUGGAAGAGGCGAUGGUAUUCAUCAAAGAUCUGUUUCAUAAUACCAGCGAUGAUGAGUUCUUAGUGGAAAUUUCAGAGCAAGCCUCCCUGGUCCACGAGAGGCUGUUUGGAAAGCUGAGGUUCAAAGAUGAACUGUAAAAAUGUGAUAU